UUUCCCCUAACUACGCGGUUCCCCUUUCCCUCGCCUCCGGCCUUGAAAGCUUUCGAAAUUUCAUCCCCACUACAAUCAGCCAAUCUAAGAUCCCUCAGUCCAUCGUUGAUGGAAAACCUCACUCAACCAAAGUCCGAAAAGCGCGUUUGUUUUUCAGAAAACACGCAAGUUUCCAUAAUUCCCGUGGAGCUUGACUCUUUCGCAAAUGAUGUGCCAGCCCCCGAGCCGUCUGAUGAGGACUGCGAGCUUUCAGAGCGUAUGUGGCGCAGCGCUACAGAGAUGCAGCGUCGCGUUGAUGAGCAGCGCAUGCGAUCGAAGGUGCAGGGCGAAACAUCAGCAGGUAAGCCCCUACCGUCUUCUAAUAGAGUUAUGUUCCAGAAGUCGCAGGAAGAUCGAAAUUCGGAGAUCGAGAAGUCCUUGCAGGACGUCAAAGCUCUCGGUCGGAAGCUGGAGCGCAAGGCACGGAAGUGGUUUGACAACAAGCUCUUUGCUGGACGGAAGGGAGACCAAAAUGACUAA